AUGUCACUUAUUAAAGAGGGUCAAGUUGCCGUGAUAACCGGGACGUCAUCGAACCUUGGUUUGAACAUCGCGUACCGAUUGGUAGAGCAAACAGAUCCCAAGACCAAUUUGACAUUAGUAGUCACCUCAAGAACACUUCCCAAAGUUAAAGACAUCAUCACAACUAUCAAAGACUAUGUGGUAGAACACUUUCCAGAAAGAGUUUCGAAAAUUGAAUUUGACUAUUUGUUGGUGGACUUCGUAGACAUGGUUUCUAUAUUAUCUGCCUACUAUGAGUUAAACAAGAGGUAUCGUCACAUUGACUACUUGUUUGUAAAUGCUGCACAGGGAGUCUACGGUGGUAUUGACUGGAUUGGUGCUACCAAGGAGAUUCUCACCGAUCCGAUCGAAGGUGUGACCCAUCCAACGUACAAAAUCCAAAAGGUUGGUGUCAAGUCUAGUGAUGGUAUGGGAUUGGUUUUCCAAGCUAACGUGUUUGGACCUUACUAUUUUAUCCAUAGAAUCAAACACUUGUUGCAAAAUGGCGGACGUAUAGUAUGGAUAUCUUCCAUUAUGUCUAAGCCAAAAUAUUUAUCGUUCAACGAUCUCCAAUUGAUCAAGUCUCCUGAAUCGUACGAGGGCUCCAAGAGAUUGGUGGAUUUAUUGCACUUUGGUACAUACAAAACAUUGGCGAAAGACUAUAACAUUCAACAACUGCUUGUCCAUCCAGGUAUAUUCACCAGUUUUUCGUUUUUCCAAUACUUGAAUUUCUUCACCUAUUAUUCAAUGUUGGUGUUGUUCUAUAUUGCAAGAUGGUCUGGAUCUCCUUACCAUAACAUAUCAGGUUAUAUAGCCGCCAAUGCUCCUGUCAAGUGUGCCGUUGGAAAGGAAAAGCAAGAUGUUAAAGUAGAAUCUUGCAGUACAAGAUACGGUCAAGAAUACAUUCGCUACCAGGAAAUAGACUCAACUGGUUCCGAGGAUGUGGUUGCUUACCUCGACAAACUUGUACAAGAAUGGGACGUUAAGUUAAAGGACCAGAUAACGAGUACUAGACUUCCUUGA